GUACAUGGGGUCCUGCAGCAGCCAGAGAACCCGGAGAGGUACGUGCAGGACCAGCUCCUCGCGGCGCGCAGAGCCCAGGAGGCGACGCAGGCUGAGAACGAGAGGUUGCGCGGCGAGCUGCAGAGGUGGCGGGCCGCCGGCAUGCGCGUGGCGCGGCACGAGGCGCAG